AUGAAGUUUCUAACACUACUAGUGUUGCUCACACCUUUUAUUAUAAUUGUUGAUGGUCAAUAUUCUGUAUACUAUUCGGAUGAUCGAUAUGGAUUUAAUGCAACAUUUGAUUGCUUAUAUGGUUAUUCAGGAGAUCCAUCAGCAGAGACAACACUAUUAUCUACUGAUGAUUACAGUUUAAUUCCUUAUUGUCGACGACUUAAUGGAACUGAUGAGGAAAAAAAAUUUUCUACCAUAUCGUAUGAGAAUAUUUUAAAUAGCAUGACGUUUGCUGAAUUAUAUCGACAAAGUGUAACAAGUAUGGAAUUACUUAAAUGGUCAGUACCAAUUGACAUGAUCGAACGAUAUGAAAAAAUCGGUCAAAAUUCGACUGAAAUAUUUUACAAUUGUUCGUUACCAUGGUUUGGUUCAACAUGCCAGUACAGAUAUGAGUCUGCUGUUGUAUUACCUUCAUUUAAUAAAAUUCUUCAAUUUCAUAAUGAUAUUAAUAGUAUACCUAAUGUAUACGUCUAUUCGAAUACAUGUUAUCCAUUUUUACCUGAUUGUUACCGUGGUCCAUCACCGAUGUGUCUUGAUUGGCAUGAAAUUUGUGAUGGAUAUGUUGAUUGUGUCAAUGGAGAAGAUGAGCAAUUAUGCGACACAUUAGAAGUAAAUGAAUGUUUUGAAGAUGAAUUUCGUUGUCACUUCGGUAGCCAGUGUAUUCCAUCUGCAUUUGUUCGUGAUGGAAAUGCAAGUACUGAUUGUCUUGAUGGUUCAGACGAAGUCUAUCGGGUAAAGUACUCCAGAUACGAAACUGACUAUCUAUGUACACGUGCAUCAACAUUUCAAUGUGAAGAACUCCGUGAUCGGCGUUCACUUGUGUUAUUUCCAUGUACUAUGUUUAUUAGUGCCUCCCUUGUGACAGAAACUACGACAAGCACUACUGGCCUUUGCGCUAAUAAUCGAUAUUAUUAUAUGUUUUUUAAUGUUCUCACUUCAUUACAUCACAUUUCAGACGUACGCUGUAGACAAGCAUUCUACUGUUCACUUAAAUUCUCUAUUAUUCCUGAAUUUACAAAUGAUAACGCAAGCAAAUUUCGUUGUGAAUUUCUUGGUAAUCAUUGUCAAUCGGAAUGGCUUGUAUUGCCCGAAUCUCCAUUUAUAUAUGGCUUCUUUCAAUUUGUUUAUUUAACAAAUCGAUCAGUCGCUGAAUUUGAUCGUACUAUCGUGCCUGAUUUUAUGUGUUUUAAUGCAAGUCGUUGUCCUGGAUUAGUAUAUUGUUCAAUAAAUAUUGGUAUGCAUAACGGACUCACAUGUUGUAAAACGAAUAAUCUAAUAAAUAGAACAUUGAUCCAAUGGUUUCAGUUAGAUGAUUUUUUGUUUGAUCUUAGUCAACGUUGUUUAACAAUUGGUACGGUUCAAGUAUGUUCACAUUCAUCGUUAUUUCAUUGUUCACGUUCAUUAAAAUGUAUUUCAAAACAUCGAUUAGUUGAUGGUUAUAAUGAUUGUUAUUACCAAGAAGAUGAAUUAUUUCCUACUUGUCAAUUAAAUGAUUCAAAACGUUUUAUAUGUGCAUCUAAUCCAGAAAAAUGUUUAUCAUUAGUUGCUAUUGAAAACGGAAUAAAAGAUUGUGAACAUGGAGAUGAUGAAUGGCCUGAAAAUCGACGAGAUAUUCAAAAGAAUCCUAUGCCCUUUGCAAUAUUUUGCGAUGGAGAAAAGGAUUUAUUUUUAAUGGAUGCAUUCAAUAAUACAGACGAAACUAAUUGUGAAUGGUGGCCAUGUAAUAAUCCAUACUCUCGAUGCGAUAACGCUUGGCACUGUUUCAAUGGUGCUGAUGAACUGAAUUGUCCUGAUGCACAAUGUUCAUUAAGCGAACACUUAUGUAGGUAUCGUGGUUCUGAAAAGCCUAUUUGUGUGUCAUAUCUCCAUUUCAUGGAGAAACCUUUGCAAUCUGUAACAGGACCAACUCGUCUGAUCUAUCUUACUAAUAAAACCGAUGCUAAUCUAAACGAGUAUUUCUUUUGGAAUGAAACGACAUGUAUUACAUCAGAACAUCUAAUUUAUCCUCCAUCAAACUCAUCAAUAAUUCAUGAUGAUAAUUGUUUUAUACAAACCAAAAUACCUUUGCCGUUUACAUUUGACACUUAUCGGCGCGAUUAUUUAUCUCAGAGGUGUUCUCUCACAAACCAACUUAUUUUUAAAAGGAAACCAAAACAAUUUCUCCAAACAUUUGGAUUUAGUUAUUUUCCAUCAACUUCUAUUAAUUCUUCAGUUCCACAACCAUCUCAAGUAGGUUUGAAUAUAAGUACUCUGAUAAAAAGUCGAACAAGAGAUUGGUAUUGUAAUCGAGGAAUUCCUCUUUUGUUCAAAAAUAAUCAAACAAAAAAAUGUCUUUGUCCUCCAUCUUAUUUUGGUGAUCGAUGUCAUUUACAAAGUCAGCGUAUUAGUUUAACAUUACAACUAAUUUAUCGUGCAAUUGCAGAUGUUAUAAAUUCUUUUCAAUUAGUAAUCAUGCUCAUCGAUGAUCAAGAAACAAUUUAUCCUUAUCACGAGCAAAUUACAUACGUACCAAAACGUGAUUGUCAAAAGAAAUUUCAUAUUUAUUUACUUUAUCCUCAUCGACCCAAAAAUCUUUCAGAUAAUUAUUCCGUACGUAUUGAUAUUUUUAAUAAAGAUUCAUUAACAUAUUGGGCAAGUUGGCACCUAUCAAUUCCUUUUCAAUUUUUACCUGUGAAUCGAAUUGCUACACAGUUAUUUAUUCCGCCUACUACACAACAACAAUUUGAAUCUUCAUGCAAAUUAUCUUGUGGACAACAUGGUCGAUGUAUAAAAUAUAUUAAUAAAAAUUCCUCAUAUUUUUGUCAGUGUGAUCAAGGUUAUUCGGGUCGUCAGUGUAAUAUUCAACAUUCUUGUUCUUGUUCAUCAGAUUCAAUUUGUCUCACUUCAUCUAUUUGUUUAUGUUCAAUGAAGAGAUUUGGUCGAAAUUGUCAUUUAACACGUCCAGUUUGUCAAUCAUUAAAUAAUUCAUGUGAAAAUCAGAGGUUCAGUGAAGUAAACGCCACACGUAAACUCCACGUUUGGAGCUCACUUAGCUAUCCAUAUUUUCCUCAUCAAAUCAUCGUCCAUGUUUUACCCAAAACCCAAAAAAAUCCCAAAAACAUAAAACCGUAA